AUGUUGAAGAAACUGUCAUCUGGAUUUUCGGGUGACAAGCAUUCGGCGGAGAGGGGCAUCCAUACAUCUAAUAGAAUCGAGGUGCUAGAUUGCUAUGUUAACAAAAAACAGUUUCUGAGAGAUGAUCAAGUUGGAGCUGAAACCGCUGAAUAUGUAGAUUCGGUCGGGGUAGAAAUCGGACAAAAGGGAAACGCAAGAAGAAUGCGGAUAUUGUUUAAGGACCUCGCCGUAUCGGUCCGAUUUAGAGUAUAUACUGAAGAAGUUGAAAAGCUAUCGGCGACGGUGUAUCCUAAGACGAGUUCGGGGAAGAAGAAAUUGACGAGAAACUGGCAUGAUGAAUCUACUCUAACCAGGAGAGAAAUGAUCGAUGACCAAGAUUGA